UCAUUAGUUUUAGUGCUCUGUUAUCCAUGGAGGUGGUGGUGUUAUCAUUCUUCUACUCUUUACUCUUUCUAGCUUUGUUUUCCAUCUCAAAAUCUCUUCUUCUAAAAAGAAAAAAUCUUCCACCCAGUGGCCCUCUCUGUUUACCCGUAAUCGGUCAUCUCUAUCUCUUCAAGAAACCACUCUACCGGACCUUAGCCCAAAUCUCCGGCCAUUAUGGUCCAAUCUUACUCCUCCGCUUCGGUUCACGCCGUGUUCUCCUUGUCUCAUCGCCGUCGGCAGCCGAGGAAUGCCUCACAACCAAUGAUAUCGUCUUCGCCAACCGCCCUCGCCUCCUCGCCGGGAAACACUUGGGUUUCAAUUACACCCAACUCCCAUGGGCACCCUACGGUCAACAUUGGCGCAACCUCAGACGAAUCUCCACCCUUGAACUCUUCUCUUCUACCCGUCUCCAGAUGUUCUCUAAUGUACGGAUCGGUGAGGUACGCUCUCUUUUACGGCAACUCGCCGCCGCCGGAGACUCUUUUAAAACGGUAGACAUGAAUUCCAUGUUUUUUGAGCUGACCCUCAACGUGAUGAUGAUGAUGAUAGCUGGAAAACGGUACUAUGGUGAUAACGUGAUGGAUUUUUAGGAGGCAAAACGGUUCAGAGAAAUUGUGAAGGAAACGUUUGCUUUGGGUGGGGUGUCAAACUUUGGGGAUUUCUUCCCAGUGUUGAGAUUGGUUGGGUUUUUUAAGGGUUUGGAGAAGAAAUUGGUAAAUUUGCAGGGAAAGAGAACUGGGUUUCUGAAGGAAUUGAUCGAAGAACAUCGGACGGUGGAAAGUCGGACUCAAUCGACGGAAGAGAAGUCGAAGACAAUGCUUGAUGUACUCCUUUCACUGCAGGGAGC